GCUCACUUUGCUCUAACGGUAGAAAGUUUAUGUUACGCAAAUAUGGGAUUUUAAUGUAGAAAACGCCUAAAACAAAACAGCCACGCGGUUUUUGACAUUUUACUAGGCUCCACUGAUGCGCAUCGUGUCUGAAAAUCGCCGGACUAAUCAUCUUUUUGGGCCAAGAAGGUGAUAACUGUUGUCUUUUCCUGCGGAUUUCCACUGUUUGGCAGGCGCUGGAAACAUGGGUAAAAGAAGAGACAAGCUCCGGCCUCCUCCAGUCCUCAUUGCUCUUGGACUCCAGGGCUGACCGACCACAGAUGGGACAAAGCCUGUAUUUAAUCGACCAUAUCCCGCAAUUGUGUUCCUUUAGCUUCUCCCAUGAGAGUCCUCAGUGUCUCUCGUCCACUUCACGUGCCAUAGACCCACAGACUCUGAACCAUGCGGACCAGCCGAUCCACGCUGCUCCUGGGCUCGGUGCUCUUCUGCUCCGCCUCUCUUCUAUAUUUGGGUAUGAGCGGUGUGGAGUGCCCGCCCAAGAGCCAUCGACACAAAUGGAUGGAGAUGCACCUGAGCCAAUCUGCCAAUCAGAAUCUUUCUUUGUCCGAGCACUUCCCUGAGGACACGCCCCUCAUUUUCAUUGGAGGGUUUCCACGCAGCGGGACCACUCUGAUGCGGGUGAUGUUAGACGCUCAUAAUGCAGUCCGGUGCGGGGAGGAGACUAGGGUGAUCCCGCGGUUGUUAGCCAUGAGGGCGACGUGGAGUCGCUCCGUAAAGGAGAGGAUCCGUUUGGAUGAAGCUGGAGUCACAGACCAGGUGUUGGAUGCCGCCGUGAGGGCAUUUCUGCUCGAGGUGAUUGUUGGUCAUGGGGAGCCUGCCCCUCGUCUCUGUAACAAAGACCCGUUUGCACUGAAGUCUCUGUCCUAUUUGUCACAUAUCUUCCCGAAAGCCAAAUUUGUGCUCAUGAUUCGAGACGGCAGAGCAGCCGUCCACUCCAUGAUUUCACGAAAGGUGACCAUCUCUGGGUUUGACCUGAGCAGUUACCGAGACUGUCUGACCAAGUGGAGCAGUGCAGUGGAGAUCAUGGUGAACCAGUGCUUGGCGGCCGGAGAGGAGCGCUGCCUGCCGGUUCGUUACGAGGAGCUGGUGCAGCGCCCAGAGCCCGAAAUGAGGAAGCUGCUGCACUUCCUGGACCUGCAAUGGGACCACUCUGUGCUGCACCAUGAGGAGCUGAUUGGGAAGGCGGGGGGAGUAUCUCUGUCCAAGGUGGAGCGGUCGACAGAUCAGGUGGUGAAGCCGGUGAACACGGAGGCGCUCUCUAAGUGGGUGGGGAACAUCCCGUCGGAUGUCCUGAGUGAUAUGGCAGAAAUCGCCCCCAUGCUCUCGCGUUUGGGCUACGACCCUCACGCCAACCCCCCCAACUACACCCGGCCCGAGCCACUGCUGCCCCUCUACAAUCUGUCACGUGCCAGACCAACACAUUAACUGUCUCCACUGAUUAUAACUGGGAGGAAAAGACUUCUAAACAGAUAAGGACUCUUUGCCAUGGCUGUUCUUCCACAGUAUUACAUUUUGCCCUUGAUAUUAUGUUUGUAAGCUGUAACUUAUUGGUCCAACUUGAAUGUGAAUGUGUCAAAUCUUCACUAACGCAGCAGCACCAGAUCAGUGUUCAUGAAACAUAAUGACUGUAUAUUUUUGAAAAAGUGUUUAUUUUGUUAAUAAAUUAUUUUGAUGUCAGAGAUGCAUUGAAAUGGUGAACAAUGUUGUUUACCUGGAAAUGACUCUUAAAAAAUAAUGUAUGUUGGUAAAAGAUCAUUAAAGAGUCUUGAAUGUCAUUAA